AUGUCUGCCUCGCCAUCUCAACCCACCCAAUCGGCCAAGCGCCCUCUGGAGGAGGCCUCGUCGCCUUCGCGCGCUGGCGACCAACCUGAUGCCAAGCGACCCGCUCUCGACAAGAUCAAGCACGACGAUGACGCCGAGGUCCCUGAAGCUCCCGCCGACAUCGCCGCUGAGGACCGCCACGCCGACGACAAGGUGAAUGGUACUGCCAAAUCCGAGCCAGAUGACGAUGGUGCUGUGGAUCAAGGUGCCGAGGCCAAGACGGCUGCCGCUACUGCCGUCGCCGCUUCGUCCAACGCCGUCAGCUCGGCCACCGCACUCGAUGAGACAACCUGGAUCCAUAUCCGUGCUGUCAUCUCUAGCCCGGAGGCAGCUACCGUGAUUGGAAAGGGAGGCGAGAACGUUUCCAACAUCAGGAAGCUCUCCAACGCCAGGUGUACCGUCAGCGACUAUCAGAAGGGCGCUGUCGAGCGAAUCCUCACUGUCAGCGGAAUAGUGGACGCUGUAGCUAAGGCAUUCGGUCUCAUCAUUCGAACCCUUAACAACGAGCCGCUGAACGAAUCAUCAACCUCGUCCUCCAAGACGUAUCCUCUGCGCCUGCUGAUUCCGCACAUCCUGAUCGGUUCCAUCAUCGGUAAGGGCGGUGCUCGUAUCCGCGAGAUUCAGGAGGCCUCUGGUGCCCGCUUGAACGCGUCAGAUGCUUGCCUCCCCAUGUCGAGCGAGCGAUCUCUGGUGGUGAUGGGCGUUGCUGACGCUGUUCACAUCGCGACUUACUACGUGGGUAGCACCCUUCUAGAGCAGCUCAACGACAGAUUCGGCGGCCCUGCUGCGUCCGCAUAUGCGACCCGAAGUGGUGCCCCUGCUGGUUCCAUUCCUGGGGGUAUGCAGGUUGUGCCAUACUGCCCUCAGCCGGCCUCGGGCCACUACGGACGAGGCGAGAACUAUGCCCGCCACAACGACCGUCGCUCGCACCACAUGCCUCCUGCGCCCUAUCCUCAGCAGUAUCCUCACGCCGCGGCCCAGGCCAACCCAGCCAUGCCUAUGCACUAUGGUGGUGCGCAAGGAGGAGGUGCCUACGGAGCUGCCCCUCAUGUUCAGCCUCAUAUGCCUCCGCACGCGGGCCCUCAGGCUCACGGCGGCGCUCCUCAGGCUCAGCCCAUGGGUGCCGCCAUCCCCGGCGGCCCUAUCACUCAGCAGAUCUACAUUCCCAAUGACAUGGUUGGCGCUAUCAUCGGCAAGGGUGGACAAAAGAUCAACGAGAUUCGGCAGAUGAGCAACAGCGUGAUCAAGAUUAACGAACCGCAGGACAAUAGCAAUGAGCGACUCGUGACAAUCACUGGAACAGAAGAGUGCAACCGCAUGGCUCUUUACAUGCUCUACUCUCGACUCGGUGAGGUUCAAAACAGAACUGGCAACAACUAA